AUGUGGUGGCUUCAGCUCUUCUCCUGCGGCAGGGGCUGCGAGUGCCUCGCAGCUCGUGAGUGUGAAUGCAGCCGUGCUCGCGCGAGCUGCGACCGCGUGAUCUGCGUUCGCACGGGGGACCGCGCGCAGAGUGAUCGUCGCAUGCCGGAGAGCGUCACCGGCAUCCCCAACCUCGAUAAUGAUGCAGACUUCAGCAACUUUUUGUGCGGGCAAGCGCAGCGCUCAAAGGACCCAUCAGGCUUUCCUCCGGACACCCAGGAUACUUCCGACUUCUGGCACAGACUCCAAGGCUUGUGGUACCGACAGAUCGAUGGACUCUGCGUGGGGGAGAUCUGCGGCGACAGCAUGCUCUGGCACAUCCAUUGGAGGAUUCCACAGGGGGAGACACCUCUGCAGGUCUUGGCCAGCGACGUCAUCAUGUUCGAGCUUGAUGGUUGUGUCAAUUUGGGCAAAGUUCACCUGCAUGCGCAGGCCAGCAUACACUGGAGUGAUGGCGACGUGUGGUUGCAGAAGUAA